UGUGAUUUUGUGCAGAGGCUUCAGUGAGCAGUGGAGCAGUAGAGCAGACAGCAGCGGCUCUGUGGCUCCUUCCUAACUCUAUGAUUGGACAGAGCGAGUCACGUUGUCCGUGAAGCGGCUGUCAGUCUGAUGCUGCACCAUUGUUCCUGAGGAGCCGGAAGGUUUGCCUGUGAAAGGCACUGCUGUGUGUGCGUCAAACUGAGCCGGUUUGUCCACUAACUCGCCAGGAAUCCGGUACCGCUGGCGUUUUUUUUGUGUGUGUGUAUCUAUAAUUAUACUUUGGUGCAGGAAUUCCGCAGAGGAAGACAGUGACAUGGUUUAGAGAUUUUAUCAAGUCCAUUGAGAGAAAAAGGCGUCACUGAAUUGCUGGAUACAUAAUAGUAACGAAAUGAAUGAAAAGAAGCUGGUCCCUGCAGUUUAACACAGUAUUAAACAAAAGCAGACAUCCCACCCAUGUGAUCUCACAGGCUGCCUCUGCUCUGCUCUACUCCAGUCAGGCUCCUGCUUUUCAGCCGGCUGCAGCUAAUGAGCCUUUGUGUGGCCAGAGAGAGAGAGAGAGAGAGAGAGAGAGAGGGAGAGAGGGGUAGUUAAAGUGAGAAAAUCUGUCAUCUUGCAACAAUAAAGCAUAUGGUACCGACAGUGCAGACUGAGCUGGAAAAUUACAAGUCACUCUCUCUCACACUCCUGCACCUUUUCUUCUCAUGCCCGCGGAGCUGAGGGGUCGCUGCGAGUCAGUGGACUGAAACAACAUGGGAACCUCUUCAUUCAUCAUGUUUCACCUUUUUUGAAUUGCUACGUUUUAUGACUGUGUGGCUGCGCUGACUGUGAGAAGAGGUGAAAGGAGGGACAGUCUGCUGGUGCAGUUGCGGGUGCAGAUGCUGCAGCCAUGAGCGGAAUACUGAAAAGAAAAUUUGACGAGGUGGAAGCCUCCUCCUCCCCGUGCUCUUCCCUGCGGGAGUCUGAUGAUGAGGUCUCCUGCAGCGAGAGUGGGAAUAGCAGCGACAGUGUCAACCCCUCCACCUCAGGACCUUUCACCCCUAAUUCAAUAUUGAAGAGAGAGAAGCGGCUGCGGACGAGGAGGGUGCAUUUCGAAAACGUGACAGUUUACUACUUUGGCCGGCGGCAGGGCUUCACCAGCGUGCCCAGCCAGGGUGGCAGCACGCUUGGCAUGUCCAACAGGCACAGCUGGGUCAGGCAGUACUCCCUGGGUGAGUUUGCCAUGGAACAGGAGAGGAUCCACAGGGACAUGCUGAGAGAUCACCUGAAGGAGGAGAAACUCAACUCAGUCAAACUCAAGCUGACGAAGAACGGCACAGUGGAGUCUGAAGAGGCCAACGCGCUCACGGCAGAGGACAUUUCCGACGAUGAUAUUGAUUUGGACAACACCGAGGUGGACGAGUACUUCUUCCUGCAGCCGCUCACCACGAAAAAACGCAGGGCGCUGCUGCGCUCCUCUGGGGUGAGGAAGAUUGACGUAGAGGAGAAACAUGAACUGCGGGCCAUCCGGAUGUCCAGAGAGGACUGUGGCUGUGAUUGCAGUGUCUUCUGUGACCCCGAGACCUGCGCCUGCAGCAUUGCAGGGAUCAAGUGCCAGGUGGACCGCAUGUCAUUUCCCUGCGGUUGCACAAAGGAGGGCUGCACCAAUUCAACGGGGAGAGUGGAGUUUAACCCCAUCCGAGUGCGGACCCAUUUCUUGCACACCAUAAUGAAGCUUGAACUGGAGAAGAGUCGCGAGCAGCAGCAGGCGUCCCCCAACAAUGGCUACUGCGGCGAAACUAACGACCUGGGAAGCGGAGACCCCCACAUCCAGUCCCAGCACAGGUUGGAGUACUCUCUGUCCGACACUGUGCCACAGACGGCCAGUGUGCACCUGCAGAAUGCAGACGAGUCGGAGGAGCCGCUGGACGACGACGAAGAGGACGACGACGACGACGAGGAGGAAGAGGAAAAUGACGACGACGAGGAGGAGGACAGUAGCAGUGUCUGCAGCGGGUUGUCAGACUCCAGCACACAGAGCUUAGCCAACAGCGACUCUGAGGACGAGGAUUAUGAGGAUGAAGAAAAGUCGGAGAACUUUGACGACGACAUGGCGGCCGCCCCGGUGUCUCAUACUGAGGUGGUGCCUUUGUCCUCAGUGCUGUGUUACAGCAACGGCUCCCAUGACAACCACAUGAAUGGAAAUACUUUUUUAAUGAACUCCUCCUCAGCUGAGUACUAUCAGCUCGGCAGCGCCAGCGCUGUCUCCGGUGGCCAGACCAGCCACUCCAGUGAACCCUAUGGUGAACCUGUAGCAUUCCAAGAUCCAGUCAGCAUGGCCGGUGUCGGCGCGGCCCAGGCGCCGUUCAACUCGACGGCCGAGCAGUACACGGACUACUCCACUCAAGCCGCAGAACGAUACCCAGCCAGUCACCGUUUCCCCCUGACUAACGGUCACUCUGACCAGCCUUUGUCGCGCUACGCGCCCGGCCAGCAGGAGGAGGUGUCGCCCAAAGCGGCGGUCGUGGAGCAGCCAGAGAAGCAGAACCUGACACAGUUUCAAAACUACCUGAACAGUAACACCCAGAGUUCCAGCAGCGGCGGCAGCAGCCACAGCUCGCGUACGGCGGCCGAGCAGCCGCAGCAAGAGUCCAGUGUUAAUAGAAACUCUGACCUGACCUUACUAGCAAACAGUACUAAGAACCUCCCUUUACCAGACCAUUGCCCUGAGGUCACAGCCAUUUAGUGAGUCACAUCUUCUUAAGUGUUCUUUCAGUAUUGUGUCUCUCCUGGAGCCUGACCAAGUGGUCUUUUAAAGGGAACAUAGUCAUGGCAUUUUUAUUUAAUUAUCUGACCUUAAAUCUCAAAGCAAUUUAAAAGCACCAUAGUCCAUUUCCAUCUUUAACUAUAAAGCCAUAGAAUUGAGAGGGGGGGGGGGGGUUUUAAGCCACUGUUUGCUCUAGAAGGUUUCAGGAAGUAGAGUGUGUGUGUGUGUGCGUGUGCCGAACUGCACAAUGACAGGAUAAGAAAUGCAUCACAAAUAUCAGUUAUGUUAUGCUGUGCGAUGUACCUUGUAAUUUCAGAUGUAAAGUUCUAGUUUUAAGCAGAUAUCGUACUGUAAAUGUUACUUUUCUAUGUCUACUGUACGUGUCAUAUGUGCAAAAAAAAGGUUUAAUUGUCAGUUUAUUUAUUGUUAUAGAAUUAUGUGCAUACUUAUAUAUUGUACGUUUUGAUAACGAUGUGCAUGCUGGGUUUUUUUUCUCUGUGACAUGGGGCGGGGAUUACUAUUGUUUUAUAUCAAAUGUGUUGUAUACAUAGUGUACAUUUCUCUUCUUUUGUCACUAGUAUAUGCUUUCCUAUGGUUUGGAAAAGCAUGAAAAAAGCCUGAACUUUUCUUUUUCUUUUUCUUUGGAGUACAAGAUCAACUGUAACAAAGUCGGGACAUGUGGAAAUCGAUGUGCGGCGUAUUGCACUCACGUGUCGUGGCCCAGUGGCACGCAGUUGGUUUUCGACGGAUAAAUACUUGAACUGUGGGAAAACCAUUUCACUUCAACAAAAAAAAAAAAGUCUGAUUAGCGAGUGUCGCUGAAAAUGAAGAGUCUUUGAAGCAUUGCAUUGAUGCAGGGAUGUUGAUAAAGUUGCACUUUUCAUGUGUGUGAUAAGCUCUACGAAUCAUCAUAGAUAACAGAGCGCUGUCUUCAUAGCAGACCCUCGUUUGUAAGCGGUCUUGUUGACAAAGUAUUACCCCCUAACUGAUGUGCCAGUAUUUCAUGAAUUAAGUGGUCGUGAGAUUUCUGCUUUUGAACGCUGUCAAAAAUAUCGGAGAUGUUCAUUUAUGUGGAUCCAAUGAUGAUUGUUGCUUUGUUCUGUUGAAAUGUAACGUGCAAUAGUUUGAGGGUUUCU